GGGGCUUCAAUCAUUCGGUUUCGGUCAGGCUGAAUUGCUCGUCUUCCUCUUAUACUCUGCAAUGACAUAUUCUCUGACCAAGUGAGGCGUAUCCAUUUUUACUUAUCUCGGAACAAAAACAAUGGGAGGCCCUGAUCCUGGGCGAUAUGAGCGAACAACGUUCCGGAAGAGGACGGGUACCUUGCUAAGCAAAGCACACGAGCUAGCUGCCCGUUCCGGGGCGAAUGUGUACGUUAUAAUCUAUCAUCCCCGCGCUAUAGUGGUGUAUAAUUCUGUCGGAGACGGAGUUUUGGCCUCAAUCCCAUGACGCGCUCGAGAGCGAAUACACCAGACUUCAGCGGUUAUCCUUCGCCGACAUGGAGAGAAUAAAGAACUCCAAGAACGCCAAUGAAGAAGAGUUGAAAUGUUUGCUCCAGUACUAUGAAUUCAGGUCCAAUUUACUGAGUUCCCUCUGCGAACAAAUUCAAAAAAAACGCAAGUCGCUUCCAUCGGAUGAAGCUAACCCCAAUCAUGAACGCAGCAUUUAAGAAUCUCGCGAGCCCGAGGCUCUCCAAUCCUGCGGUCCAUUUUAGUGCCGCAGUUUAAUAAUAGUCUUGGUUUCAAGGAACGGAGAUAUCACAGGGCGAUGGGGGCGCCUCUGGAAUCGUGCGCGUAAGAUAUGUGUCGUGGUUGCCUGCAACAUCUUGAUGGCAUGUACGU